AUGACGUUUUUGCAGGUGGUCGGCACGACCAUCAUUCUGUCGGUGUUGGGGACAGCUGUCGGAGCCCUCCGGCGUCUCUUUUUUCAUCCCUUGUCUCACAUUCCGGGACCCCGACUCGCCGCGCUCACCUGGUGGUAUGAAUUUUACUACGACGGUAUCCAGCCGGGACAAUACGUUUUCAAGAUCCAAGAACUUCAUAAGCAAUACGGGCCGAUCAUCCGGAUAACACCGGAGGAAGUCCACAUUAACGAUGUCGGCUACCUGGACACAAUCUACGCUCCGUCGAUGACCCGCAUGGACAAGUAUCACUACCAGCUCCGAACCUUACGGGUCCCCGGCGGCGUCGGCACCACUGCCGAUUAUUAUCUUCACAAGACCCGUCGCGAGGCGCUCACGCCCUUCUUCAGUAAGCGCAACGUCCUCUCUCUCGAGGGAGUGAUCGCCGAUAAGGUCGAGCAGUUGUGCGGGUUGGUCGCAAAGCAUGCAGCGACGAAGUCUCCGGUUAAUCUGUCGGACGCGUUCUAUGCAUUUUCGAACGAUGUCGUGGCGAAUUUCUUAUUUGCGCACCAGACCGACGUGCUCGCGGACGAGGAGGAAGCGGCCAGACUGCGUCACAACAGCCAUGAGCUUCUCCAAGGAAUCAACACGAAUAAGCACUUUCCGUGGAUUCCAGAUAUCCUCGAGGCCCUUCCGCAGUCGUUGACGCGGCCCGCAAUGCCACCAGGUCUGAUUGACAUGUUCGAACUCUUUGAUAGAGUCCGUGCGGAGUUAGUCGGGAUCAUGAAAGCGAAGGAGUCCAAAAGCUCGGGUGAAAAACCAGCAAACCCAGGACGCAAAAAAUCAGUCUACGAAUCCGUCCUCGACAACCCAAAUUUACCAGCCUCCGAAAAGACCCUCCUCCGCCUCGAACAGGAGGGUGCGCUCCUCACCCUCGCAGGAACCGAGUCGCCCGCCCAAACCCUGAUCAUCAUCUUUUACCAUCUUCUCGCCAAUCCCUCCCUCCUUGCCAAGCUUCGCGGGGAGCUAGACACAGUGCCCACACCCUCUUCCUGGACCCUGCUAGAGAAGCUCCCAUACCUCUCCGCCAUCAUCGAAGAAGGCAAUCGACUUUCAUUCGGCGUCACUGCCCGAGCAGCCCGUAUCCAACACAAACCCAUCACCUACACCCCAAGCCCGUACGUGACCGCACCAGCUCCGCCCCGCAAAUCCUACACCUUGCCCGCAGGCACCCCAGUGAGCAUUACCACACUGAGCGCGCACACCGCCGAGUCCGUAUUUCCGGAUCCCUACACAUUUGACCCCGAUCGCUGGCUGGGCGACGAGGGUCGCGAGCGGAGGAAGUUCCAGCUCGCGUUUUCCCGAGGAGGGCGGAAAUGCUUGGGUGUGGAGUUCGCACGAGCAGAGCUGUAUCUUGUGGUCGCUGCUCUGGUACGGGGGUUUGAUAUGACGCUUUUCGAGACUGAUGAGAGCGAUGUUGCUUUCUUACAUGAUUAUCAUGUUGCUAUGCCGAAAUUAGAUUCAAAGGGCGUGAGGGUAGUGCCAGUCGUACGUUGA